AUGCCUCGUCCCAAAGUCCUCCCUAGCCAACGGCGUCGUGCAGCUGAAGCCUGCAACUUCUGCCGAGACGCCAAGAAGAAAUGCAGCGGCACGGCUCCUUGUUCUCAUUGUCUCCGUCGCGGUAUUGGAUCUCAGUGCAUUAUUACAUUGCGAUCACGAGGCUCAAGAAACCAGGCUGCAUCCGACGGCCCAAUACUACCAAGUGACACGCAGCCUCACAGGAUCGGACUCGAAGCCCAGAGUGACGUGUUGGAUAUUGUGACGAGCGGCCCUGGAUGCACUCCAUCCGCUCAACUUCCUGUCUUGAAUGUCAACGGGAAGGGCAGAAGGAAGGGACCAGAUGCAUCAUCUUUUCGACCCCCAUCGCCAUCAGAUUCACGACCUAGUUUCGAGGGCUCAGAGAGUCCAGAGCUAUACAUCGGAGGUGCUGCUUCAUUGUCGUUUUUGCAGCUUGUUCGAUCUAUUGUCGCGGACCAGAUUGGGCCCUCGCAAUUCUCGCACAAUGAUAAAAGCGACACCAUGCUUGAGAAAGAGUCACCAAGUUCUAUGCGGCAUCUUCGAAGUUCCACCCCUCCAGAGUUGGAUGUUGAGACCAAACUUCUCUACUCUCAAUGUUACCGCGCUGUGACCGAGGGAUUCAUUGACAUAUUUGCGCCCACUGAAAUUGAGCAAUACUUCAUGCUCCCUGACGACUCGUCAUUCAGUCCGCAAAAGCGAGCGGCCUUGGGCAUGGUUAUUUCUAUUGGUGCUCAGUGCAAAUCCGCCGCCAGUGCCCGCGACAUCGGACAAGGCUACUUCAGACAGGCUCAGGCUCAAGCGUUCCAGGGCAUGCUGGAAGACCCAGAUAUUGAUGUAGUGAGGUCGUUCUUGCUCAUGGCGUUCUACCUUCUAGGUGAAUGCCGCCGGAAUGCUGCGUUUAUGUAUCUGGGAAUUGCUACUCGAGCUGCGGUGGCUCUGGGUUUGCAUAGCCAAGAAUCAUACCAAAACUCGAAUGACCUAGAUGAUAACAAACGAAUUCGGAUUUGGGUCAGCCUGCGCAUUGUUGAUAUGCUUGUCAACGCAAUCUUGGGCCGGCCUGCAGCUACUGCGGGACUAAGUUCUGAUGUCAACACUAUACUCGAACAUGUAUCUCAAACGGAGCAGACGGAUGAAAUGGCCUGUCUAAUCGCCUCGCACCAGAUUGUGUCAAUUAUCAAUGGUAUAGUUGACAUAUUGUACGAAAGAAAGGAAAUAUCUACGUCUGUAGUCGAAAACCUCCUCAAUGAAAUUGGAUCCUGGUCACAAAGUCUACCUAGCUGUCUCCGAUCCCCUGCAAAGGGCCGCGCAUUGUCUGGCUCGAGUUAUACCAAAGGAGCCAUCGGUAGCGUCCAUGUCUCGUGUUUAUACUAUUUCGCUGUUACUCUCGUUACACGGCCAAUCCUCAUAUCGACCCUGACAGCACCUCCCGCAAGUGGAGGGCUGAUCCAAUCCCAAUUGGCUUCCGCAUGUCUGGAUGCCGCUGUUUAUCUGAUCCAGGCUUGUAUGGAUGCUAGGAAAGUGGAUAUUCUGUACGGGAACAUGUGUAUCAUGAAAGCCUUGGUAUUCGCUGCGGGAUUAGUGUUGGGAUUCGAAAUUUUCGCAAUGCGUUCUAUUGAAUUCGACAUUGAAGCUGCAUUUGCUGGUGCAAGGGACAUACUCAACUUUCUGGCUACGCAAAGUCCACAAGCGGGGCAUUACUACGAGAUAUUGACUUUACUGUCCAACGCCAUCUCUAAGCAACGGCAGAAUGCCGCUUCAACAGGACGUAGCAGAUACGUGUCCAAAAUAUUCACUCUCCAAGAAGCAAAAGAGCCGGUCUCGGACCGCCCUCGAGAUGACCAAGGACGACUCACACCUUUAGUUGGCGGCCUCGUUCCCCCGUUGGCUGAAAAUGCAGGGAACUGGCUCAGUGACGACAGAACGCCCGCUGAUCCAGGACAAGAAGUGUUUCUGGGCUGGGAUAGUCUGGACAUAUCACAGUGGGAUAACUUUCCAUUUGUUCCUUGA